UUCUCGGGAGGUGGGUUCGGGUUUUGUGACACGUCCCACCACCCUCGCCGCCGCCGGUCCACCUCGGUUGGUCUCCAGCAUGGCGCGCAUGAACAGGCCUGCCCCUGUGGAAGUGUGCUACAAGAAUAUGAGAUUCCUGAUCACCCACAACCCAACCAACGCCACACUGAACACUUUCAUUGAGGACCUGAAGAAAUACGGCGCAACCACCGUUGUGAGGGUGUGUGAAGUGACCUACGACAAGACGCCCCUGGAAAAGGAUGGCAUUAAAGUGAUGGACUGGCCCUUUGAUGAUGGAGCUCCACCACCCAACAAAAUUGUAGACGACUGGCUCAACCUACUGAAGACCAAAUUCUGCGAAGAUCCCGGCUGCUGCGUCGCUGUCCAUUGUGUGGCUGGCCUGGGACGGGCUCCCGUUCUGGUCGCACUCGCCCUGAUUGAGAGCGGAAUGAAAUACGAAGACGCCAUCCAGUUCAUUAGACAGAAACGCCGAGGCGCCAUCAACAGCAAGCAGCUGACCUAUCUGGAGAAAUACCGGCCGAAGCAGCGCCUGCGUUUCAAGGAUCCCCAGAACCACAAGAAUAAAUGCUGCAUCAUGUAAACCUCCGUGGUGGUGUGUCCCCCUUGCUGGAUUCCACCCGU